CGCCGCCGCCCCCCCCCGCUCGUCACUGCGCAGGCGCGGCCCGCGAGCGUGGGGUGUCUCGGGGCUGCCGGGCUGCUGGCGCUCCGGAGCGCGGGCAUUUGCGGCCUGCGUUCGCCCACUCCAGCCGGUCACUACCUGAGGCAGCGAGUCGCAGCGAGCCGAGCCUCCCGGCGCCCUGGACAGCGUGGCCAUGGAGAAUCAGGUGCUGACGCCGCACGUGUACUGGGCUCAGCGACACCGCGAGCUGUAUCUGCGCGUGGAGCUGAGUGACGUGCAGAACCCUGCCAUCAGCAUCACUGAAAAUGUGCUGCAUUUCAAAGCUCAGGGACAUGGUGCCAAAGGAGACAACGUCUAUGAAUUUCACCUGGAGUUCUUGGAUCUUGUGAAGCCAGAGCCGCUUUACAAACUGACCCAGAGGCAGGUAAACAUUACAGUACAGAAGAAACUGAGUCAGUGGUGGGAGAGACUCACCAAGCAGGAGAAGCGACCACUCUUCUUGGCCCCUGACUUUGAUCGCUGGCUGGAUGAAUCUGAUGCAGAAAUGGAGCUCAGAGCCAAGGAAGAAGAACGCCUAAAUAAACUGAGACUGGAAAGCCAAGGCUCCCCUGAAACUCUUGUAAGCUUGAGGAAAGGAUACCUGUUCAUGUAUAACCUCGUGCAAUUCCUGGGAUUCUCCUGGAUCUUUGUCAACAUGACUGUGCGGUUCUUUAUCUUAGGAAAAGAGUCCUUUUAUGACACAUUCCACACUGUGGCCGACAUGAUGUACUUUUGCCAGAUGCUGGCAGUUGUGGAAACUAUCAACGCAGCAAUCGGAGUCAUUAAGUCACCGGUGUUACCUUGUCUUAUCCAGCUUCUUGGAAGAAAUUUUAUUUUGUUUAUCAUCUUUGGCACCAUGGAAGAAAUGCAAAACAAAGCUGUGGUUUUCUUUGUGUUUUAUUUGUGGAGCACAGUUGAAAUUUUCAGGUACCCCUUCUAUAUGCUUUGCUGCCUCGACAUGGAUUGGAAAGUGCUCACGUGGCUUCGGUACACUGUGUGGAUUCCCAUAUAUCCUCUGGGAUGUUUGGCAGAAGCUGUCUCAGUGAUCCAGUCCAUUCCAAUAUUCAAUGAAACAGGAAGAUUCAGUUUUACAUUGCCAUAUCCAGUGAAAAUCAAAGUUAGAUUUUCCUUUUUUCUUCAGAUUUAUCUUAUAAUGUUAUUUUUAGGGUUAUACAUAAAUUUCCGUCACCUUUAUAAACAGCGCAGACGGCGCUAUGGACAAAAAAAGAAAAAGACCCACUAGAAAGAGAGAUUUAGAUGGCUUCCUGCCAGUUUGAGCCUAAUCUAUGAUUCUUACAGUUUUACCUUCUUGUACCAAUGUAAACGUUUUUUUAAAGUUAAACGAUUAAAUUCUCAGUGAGGCUAUCUUCCUUUCCCCAGUAACAUUCCUGAAUUUACUGUAUUAUCUUAGUGUAGUACUUGCAUGACAUGGAUUCCUGAUACCUGACAGGUUCAUUCUCGUGUAUUCAGUUAACAACAGCAAAAGGCUCAGCCCACCCCCACCGCACCCCACCCCACUUCCUGUCCAGUCUGUCUGUCUAGUACCUGCCAGAUACUCUCUCAGUGCUCUGUCUUUACAGGGUACUGACCGUUCUUACAGUUGGGAUUUGUUCUUUUUAGCUAUUGCUCUAUAGAAGGCUGGUAAAAGUGACUCAGGCAGGACCUAAUACAUUCUGUACCCAAGCGGUUACUUGUUUAGUGGGGUGGCAUUGACUUUUUGAAAAUCAAGUAGAGUCAGCCAUUGAUAAAACAUUUCUAAGAGUGGGGCUAGAGAACGUGUUUUACGUCAGAAUCUGUGAGCCUAACGACAUCUGUUACUACGGUGCUUAGCAGCGUGGGCCCUGGAGAGGCACAGGAUGAUCUGAGAGAAACCAGUCAGCACCUUGGGACACUGUGACCACUUCAUUCCUAGCUAGACCAGAACCGUUGUCAGCACUAAAGAAAGAUGAAACAUUAUUUAGAAAGCAAUGAAAUUAUGAGAGUAACAAACGCAAAUGACAGCAGGGGUCAGAAGGGAACACAAAUACGUAGGUCAAACCAGCAGUCAUGCAGCUGCUGGCAGUGCAGCCUGUGACGGACUGGCAGCAUCAGAGCGGCCCGGUCCUGCCUCCGAAUUCUGGCUUGAGCUGUGCACAAACAGAAAUGUGUCGUUGCCCUCCCCUGCACUGGCUGAGCCCAUUUACUCGUGUAUUUGUCUAGUAGGGGUGGGACUGUACAUUUCAAAUAGACCUCAAAACCCUUGCUUUCACUCUGCUGUUGGUAGACUGGCUUUUUUACCUGUCCGCAGGAAGACACUGAAAACAGAGUGGGAACUUUGGGUGGAGAACCACCAGCUGAUCCUUUAACAGUGAUUCUGGGCAAGACACCCACCAAAAGGGGAACGAAAACAAAUCUAGACAUAUAGUUGGCCAUUGUAAAAAAAGUUUCCUCUAAUACAUUCCAAGUAAACCAAGUAAAAGGUGUUAGAAGUUACACCUGUAUAAAAGAAUUUAAGGCAUAAGCUCUUUCUGUUCUGCCAUUCCCAUUGUUCCUGGGGGAAAGGAGACCCAAUGAGUUAAUGCUGUUUCACUGAGCCCAAACUGGAAACUUAGAUUGACCUAAAACAUCUAAUUAGCAUAGGCAGGCUGAUUUUAAAAAAAUUCAUUGCACUGAAGGAUAUUUUGCAUGUCUGUACCAUCUGUCAACACUAGUUUGUAUUGAUUUCUGAUGUUCUUUCAACUCUGUGUAAUUGGGCCCAUCAGCUUUGCAGUAGAUCGUGCUGCAUCCUUGUGGCAAAAUUCUAUAUUCUCAGUGAUUGUUACACCCCGCCUUUAUGCUGUCUGAGAAAGUGAAAGGUUGUGUAUUUCUAUUAAAACAUUUACAAUCAAAA